AGUAUAUAAAAAUGGCGUUGUAGGUGCCUCGCGCGUUCAAAACUCUACGUCGCUCGUCACGGAUCGAUCAGUAUGAGCGACGCCGACAGACUCGAUUCCGACAUAAUACGCUUGUCGAUAGAUGGGGAAUUGACAAGCAUUUUACGGAAUUAUCGUUGUUUUUUAAAGAAAAUCUUUGCUAUCGAAUCUCUAAAACGUGAUGACUCUGUCAUUCGUAAUGCUGUUCGACGAUACGAAACUAUUUGGUUGCGGUUGCUUAAAGAAGAAGGUGAUCGAUCGAAGGAGAUCAACCCGCCUCUGGACGUCGAAUGGAUAUGGACCGUUCACAUGACAUAUCCGAAGGAAUAUCGCAGUGAUUGCAAGAAUUUGAUUGGUUUCGUACCGGAUCAUACUAUCAGGGAUCCGAAUGACAACUCUUUGGCCAGGAAGAAGGGAGAAAAACUAUGGAAAGAAUUUACUGCAGGAGAUGAACCUUACGAAACGGACUUAAGUAGAGCCCCGCCCAUUAAUUCGACAAAUCAGACAGCCUUGUCUGUUGAUUUAUUAGAAUGUGCUAAAAGACAGGCCGAUUUUUACUAUGAUAUCUCUCUUCCGCAUUUUGGCGAUAAAAUUUUCCUGCAAAACGCUCAAGAACGAUACAAGCUAUUCUCAAAGCUAACUGCUAGAUUAGGCCGUUAUUUAUUCGCUCCAACGGAUAUUCGGUUCGUUUGCAAAUGCCACAUGCUACAUCCCCAUUCCUUCAACAAAGACACGGACGUUUGGGGUGCUCAGCAUAUCGAUUUGGAAAAGAUGGAACUGGCCGAUAAGCAGUUCAGUAUUAAUGCCUGGAAGGAGAUGAUUGGUUCCUCAUUAUUCGCUCCUGGUUCAUUGUCUAGAGGACCAAGCCCUGAAAAUAGAUUGGAUCAGGUUGACAUUAGUGAUAUUCACCAGUCUGCCGGAAGGAUUACUGUAAGGGUAACAAUUGUUGCAGCCAAGUUAACUAUUGGUCAUAAGGUUAACAAGGCAAAAAUAAAAAUUUUCGAAAUGGAAGAGAAAGAAGGUGAUGAGAAGGAUAUAAAACAUAAAAAAGAAAAAGGUAGAACCGUAUGGAAUUCUCAUCAAACAAAAAUUCGUGAUGACUCUAUGUUUGUUCUAAAUGGAGCUAACAAGUUUCAAUUGACCAUUAAUCCUCCACACGUUCUCAAGGUAAACGUGGAAGUUAAUCAAGGCGGCAUUAAGAGCGUAAAAAGUUUCUUUAAACCAAAAAUGUAUCAAUUCGAUGGCUUUCUAAUUGUAGACGCCGCCCGAGCUUUUAUAGAACAUAAUAAGGCGGAAUUAUCCGUCAAAUUGGAUUCAGGAAAUUCACCGAAUGUCUUUUUGGAAUUAGCAUUGCGAUUCUCAAGACCGUAUCUUUCAGAUUUAGUUUUUAACUUAGUUCAGGGUAACUUUACUACCAAGGAAAUGCCUCAGACUGAAGAAAGCCUGUGGGGUCCUGUACCUUUGGCAUCCCUUCCAGAAGAUGUUAAACAUAAUUGUGCUGUUGCAAAUCAUGUACUGUAUCCAGAUUCUGCUCCCGAUGAGAGACCGUUUCAUAUUACAGUCAUUCAUUCAUUACUCUUAAAAACUUCCGCUAUCCAAGUAUUCGCAAAACGUCGUUUAGUCUGCGUCGCUCAUACUGUUGGUAAUGACCAAUUGCCAACGUCUUCCUUGGUAUCAGAUACAAAAAAGAUACCUAGUUUAGACGUGGCUAAGGGAGAAAGAGCGAUACUGAUCAAAGACAAAAAUGGUGAUUGGGCAAUUAUUAAAGGCAUCUGGCAAGAUAAAAAUAAAAGAACACCAAGCCAUUUGAAAUUAAUAAUCUACUACGUUCGAAAUGAUCCUUCUGACGCAGACGAGUACACAGCUUUUGAUCGGAAGACGAAUGUUUUGCGCAUGAAAACUGUAAACGUGUCCUUGCAAACUGGUCGUAUUCGGGCCCAGCCAGAAGGAACGCCCGGACGAGACAAAACUAUUGACGUAGCGCCGUCUAUUGCCUUUGCUUUUACCGUUGCCGUAUUGUGCACGUUGUGCGAGCCCAGGCCGCAACAACUGAGGCAAAAGGACAUCUCUAAAACAGAUUCUACCGAUGGUAUAGGAAGGGGUAAUACGUUUGCGGACGAUCUAGUUAGGGGGCUUAGAGAUGAGCAUAAGCCUACGUUUGUGGACUCUGGAGGCUUCUUGGAGACUGUCGCUUCUAAUGCCAUGCUUUUCUUGGCAGCAAAGGGUUUAAUGAAUGUUUUAGGUGGCGGUCCGCGACGAAAUAGGCGACGAUCUUCCAGUUUAUCUCUAACUAGACGAGAAGAGGAAGAAAGAGAUGCUGCUGAAAUUGAGGAAAGAAUGCUCUAUGGGACUGGCUACGAGGAAGAUGAACCAAAUUUUGAUAAUCUUACCAAUUACUAUUCUGGUAUGAACGAGGACGUUGCCACUGACGUCUUUUGCCCGUGGGGUGAGACUGGCGAUGAUUUCGUACAAGCUAUUGAGGCUGGUCAAGAUUUGGAUGACGCUCUAAACAAUCUUGAUAUUAAUGGAUAUCACGACGAACCGGAUAUGGAUCCACUAACGGAUGCAUACUAUGGAGGAAACGAAGAAUACGUUGAAGAAGAACUUGGUAGGAAUUACGAAGAGAACGAGGAAAAUCAUGAUGGUCAUGAUCAUAAUGACUACACGACGGAAGAGGCUAAUUGGAGCCAUGAUGAUACUGGUGAUACUGCAGACAUUGUCGAAAUUGAUCGAGGAUCAGUUGGUGGAGGAUCUGUUGGUGGUCAUUCUGUAGGAAUGGAUGAUUAAAAUCCAUCCAACGGAUAUUUCCGCUUUUACAGGGAUUUACACGCUUGUUUACUUACCGAUUUUACACUUCUAUGUUAUUCUAUACAUAUAAAGUACAUUUGUAUGUAUUUCUAUAUUAUACACUUUACAUGUACAAUUAUAUAUAUUUUUGAUGAAAAAAAGCCUCUUCUUGUCGAGACUUUUUCUUUUUCCCUUUUUUUUUGACUUUUUAUUACAUUUGUCAAAAAAACACUAUAUUUCUAAAAAUAACGAUGCUCAGCUAAAGAAAAUAUUCAAUACCUUUAGAUUGCAUUCUUUACUUAUUCUAUUGUUAAUCGUAUAUACAGUAUGUAUAUAUUUUUUUCUCUUAUUUCAUCCUUUCCCGUUUUUCCUCUUGUGAUUAAUGUACUAUGUAAUAUACCCUUCACCCUUUUAAAUUUGAUGUUUUAAUAUACUAUAUAUUAUAUAUAUAUAGUAUUUAUUUAUAUUUCUCAGUGGUUUUCACGUCUAAAAGCUUCCAUCUUGCAAUAGUUCGUUUUUUUUUCUUUUUUUAUACUCUGACAGUGAGAAAGAGAGGUCGAUCAGUUUGUUUUUGUCAUAUAAUUACACGUUACUAAAAUAUUAUUUUUUUUAUUAAAUAUAACAAAAAGACUAAUUAAAAAGGUUAAAAAA